UAAAAAGUUGGAGUAAAAAAUUUGGAUAUUUUUCGACUUAUCGAUCUUAAUUUGACACAGGGACCAAUUAACCCACAAAGUUCGUUGAAGAACUUGGUAACUAUUUUGAUCCCUUGUGACGAAAACGCUGAAUCGUUCGAAAGUUACGGACCAGGACGGACGGACGGUCAGGGUUGAUCCAUAAAUGGGUUUCAUCACUUACUUAAUAAUGCAUGAAUAAUAUCCCGUGAGUCCUGCCCCCACAGUAUUUUGAUGUCCGCAUAAUUUUCCCAUGUUACGUGAUGUGUAAUGGUCUACACCCCUCAUGUCCUACAUACAACGUGAAUGUUCCCACAUGUCCCCACAGCUUAUACGGCCACAGCUGUUAAAGCAAGCUUCAAAGCCUACGUCAUAACAGUGACAUCACAACUUUAUAUUUUUAAUUAAUUCUCAGCAAACCAGGACGAAUGUCGAAAUUCUGGUGGACGAUAUUGUAGACCAUGUCGAGGUGACGUCUUUGAGAUGAAGCUAAUCUGGAUCUUAUCAACCUUCCUGGCAACAACGUCCUGUGGUGUGGUGGAUUAUACGCGAUGCGGUGGAUCUGGAUCUAGUUGGCAGUUACGGGUGACGGAUUGCGAGGGUCCACUCUGUUACAUGAGGGCUGGGACGCCAUACCCCAUCCAGUGGGAUAUGACCCCCAGCAUCCCCAUAGCUUCCCUGCGCCUCAAAGUCAGCGCAAUUUACAUGGGCCUCCAAGUGACUAUUAUCAACGCCGUUCUCGACAAUUCGUCCGUCCAGCCCGGGACCACGUACACGAUCCAGUACACCCUCACCCCGUACGAGGUUGCGUGUCGGAACACGAUGCGGGUCAGUGCCGAGUUAUUCAAUGCGGCAAAUGACGUUGGAGAAGUGUGCGUCGCAUAUCAAGUGCAUGUUACUUGUGACGAAGAGGAGGCAGGGACCACGCAUGCCGGUCGUUAUUAAAUAAUUGAUGAAGAAAUUGAUACAAUAAUUAGCAAUUGUGAUGACGUGAAAGAUGUAUGUACUUUAAUUGAGUCAUAGAAACUUUGAAAUUUGUUGGGUUUUCAAUUUUGGUAAUAAAUCGAUUUUUGCAAUUAGGUAGGGUAGCAGAA